CAAAAGGGCAUCCAAACGGUGAGUUUUUUUGGACACCUCUUCCUUUCUUUCUUGAUAAUCAAGACGAGUCGCGAAUUCUCCUCUUCUUCUUUCCCCCUUUAAAAAUUUGCCCAAGUUUCUUUCGUCUUCCUUGCUUCCUCCUGCAAACCAAAGAACAUUACGGGGACGAUUUAGCUUUCAAAUCAUAUAUAAUCCUUAAUUUCACCAUAAAGGAAUUAGGGAUAGCUUAGAAACUAGCAAAGAUGAAGGGCAAUUCAUCACAGGAGACCAAGUUCUUGCAAGAACUCAUCUUGUAUGCAGCCAGCGCUGCUUUCAGUUGUUUGGUGUUGUUCGCUGGCAUCCGCAUGCUUGACCCGAACCGUGAGGCUACGAAGAAGGCAAUGGAACACAAAAAGGAAAUUGCCAAACGGUUAGGACGUCCCAUGGUCCAGACGACUCCCUAUGAGGAUGUGAUAGCGUGUGAUGUGAUAAAUCCAAAUAAUAUUGAUGUCGAAUUCAAUUCAAUUGGGGGUUUGGAAGCUAUCAAGCAAGCAUUGUAUGAACUGGUAAUUCUUCCUCUUCGAAGGCCCGAAUUAUUUUCACAUGGAAAGCUUCUAGGCCCACAAAAAGGUGUCUUGCUCUAUGGACCUCCGGGUACUGGGAAGACUAUGCUUGCGAAAGCAAUAGCAAAAGAAUCCGGAGCUGUUUUCAUCAACGUAAGGAUCUCAAAUUUGAUGAGCAAAUGGUUUGGUGAUGCUCAAAAGCUUGUGGCUGCUGUGUUUAGCUUGGCCCACAAACUUCAGCCGGCAAUCAUUUUCAUUGAUGAGGUCGAUAGCUUUUUGGGACAACGUAAGACUACUGACCACGAAGCCUUGACUAACAUGAAGACUGAAUUUAUGGCUCUAUGGGAUGGUUUCACCACAGACCAAAAUGCUCGUGUGAUGGUCCUGGCUGCAACAAACCGUCCAUCUGAGCUUGAUGAAGCAAUCCUUCGUCGCCUUCCUCAGGCAUUUGAAAUAGGAAUUCCUGAUUGUCAUGAGAGAGCUGAAAUAUUGAAGGUGAUCCUCAAGGGUGAGAAGGUUGAAGCUAAUCUUGAUUACGAUCGAAUUGCAGCCCUCUGUGAAGGCUAUACCGGAUCUGAUCUUCUUGACAUUUGUAAGAAAGCUGCCUAUUUUCCCAUUAGGGAUGUGCUUGAUCAAGAAAAGGCGGGAAUUCACUCCGCGGAACCACGCCCAUUAUCCCAGUUAGACUUGGAAAGAGUCAUCUCCACGACAACAAAAACGAAGGUCGCCGCAUCGGAGUACAGUAGCAGAUUGAAUUCAUCAUGGCGUCACAGUAGCGACCCAGAUUAUGUUCAAGCUGCUAUCAAUGAGCUUUCUAAAGUCGUAGCUUCGCAAAUAUUAAACAUUCAUCCAGAUGAUACUCAGGAUCCUUGAAGAGAAGCUGCUUUAUUUGUGAACCAGUAGGUGCAAGAACUAGAAGGCUGGGAUCUCUCCUGGUAAAAAUUGUUGCAUGCGAUUUUCCAAAACUGAUGUUUAUCUUUUCAUUAAUGUAGUGACGCUAAUGCACAUAACUAGUGUACUUCUUGAAUGCCGUUAGUAAGUAGGCUAUCUAAAGCUACUUUUGGUUGUUCCUCUGUAAUUCUACGCCUAAGAAUCAAAGCGCAGAACUCAACUUGAAUAUUGAUUUGUAGAAAGUAGUUGCAGGAAUGCUGUGACAUUGCCACUAAAUACUUGUGGAAGGUCACACGAGCACUUUUACUUUUGGCUAGUGCAGUAAAUCUUUUUGCUGGUACUGUCAAAAUGUAAGAUUAUCUUCUUACGUUUUACAACAUCAACACAAGGGAGAGCAGGUUAUAGUAGGAUUGCAACGGUUUUGGGGCUUCCAUUGGAAAAUAGUCGCAAGGUAGUAUACCCGCAAUGUGUUGAGGCAUGUGCAUCAUAUAUUAUCAUCCCAAAAAAAGUAAUUAUAAUAAAGAUAAAAAAAAUCCAACCAAGAAUAGGAUGCUUAAUAAACAUUUUACAUCCAUCCAAAAAAAAAGAAACACAAUUUGAUGAACUCGAAAGGGAAGGAAAUUAGAACUCCGUCCAACUAACCACAAACCGAUUUGAUGUACUCAGAGAGGGAAGAUGGUCCAUAUUUAAGGGUCGGUACUCGGCGGACAAAGCAAUAAAAAAAGAAGAAAGUCGUACAAUGUGGCCUGUUGUGCUUGAGGGUCUUAUCAUAAUACAGUAGUUUGAUUUCUACUGUAUUUAUAGGAUUGGAGAUUUGUUUCAAUAAUUUCCACGCUACAAAAUGACAAAAUAAAGCAAUCAUCAUCAUUAUUAUUAUUAUUAUUUGUAAUUUUAUAGCUACUGCAACGAUUUUCUAAUUCUUGUACGCCAAAGAUAUAUAAGUUUGGUGAACUGACAUCCACAUUUUCUUGUAUUUUAAGAAAAUAGUUCCCGUUGUUUCAUAUGGUUUUCA